CUGCCACCUCGAUUCAAUAUCCCCUUCCUCCAAUACUACGUCGAAACUCGUCCUUUCUCGAAAAUGUCUCAUCUCCAAUAUUACGCAUACGAUGGUGUGGGUGUAAGAAACCGCGGCUUAUACGGUUACAACCAAGCAGUCCGCGUGGGCGACAGAAUCGAAUGCUCAGGUCAAGGCGGUUGGGAUCCUUCAACUGGAGCCUACAAUACCGAAAUUAAUGCCCAGAUCGAUCAGGCAUUUGCGAAUGUUGAUCUUGCACUGAAGAACGCUGGUGGCAAGGGAUGGUCGCAGGUGUUCCGUGUCAACUCUUACCAUGUUCCUCUCAACAAUGAGGCCUUGGCCGCGAUGGCGCGGAACUUCAAAAAAUGGAUGCCGGACCACCAGCCCAUUUGGACUGCCAUUGGGGCUGCCAGGCUCGGGGAAGACGAUAUGCGUGUCGAGAUCGAAGUAAGCGCGCAUGAUCCAGAAAGUGCAUAGAAGGCGCGAUGGAGGGAGUGGUGUAUAGCAUGGUAAAUAGAUAGGCCAGCAAACAGCUGCGCAGAACGCGACUCUGUC